GGAAGGAGGAAACCAAGGAGGACAUUGUUCAAGAGGGAAAGGACCAUGGAGCUGGAAGGUACAGCCAUGGCUUGUCUGCAGCUCCAGAUGUCUGAGGUGCCAGCUGGGAUAUGGGAGCAUCAGACCAAAGGGUCUGCACUAUAAAAUGCUUUUGCCUCCUGGGAGGGAUACAGAGCCUGAGAGGUGGAAGGCAAGAAGCUCUGAGAGAGAGGAGGCUCUCCUGGAGGGCUGGACACCUCUCCCAAAAGCACGGAGCAAAGUGUCAGACUCAGUCUCCUGCUCUAGUUCCAAGCUGUCCAGCUGCUCUGAAAACUUUGUCCUUCCUUUCUGCUGAUUUAAAGGUUUGUGCAUGCAACUGGUAACACUGGCAGUGCUACCCACAGAACCCCACGGGGCAGGACACAGGGCAGCUUCUUGCUGAGUGCCAGUGAAGGCAAAUAAGUGUUCCCACAUCACACAAAACAAGGUUUCAGCACAGUGAAGUAAAACCACCAAAAAAACCAUACGAAAUGCUGUGCCCGUGGCAGUUUGUGUUCAAAUCUCGUGCUGCCAGGAGCCAGUACCCCAGAGAGAAGGACAUCAACAACAACGUGGAGAAAAAUAGGAAGAUCCAUGGCUCAGAAAAGGAUGAUGCCAAGCUGCACAGUCCCAGCAAGAAGCAGAUGGAGAGGCUGCCUGUCAUAACUUCAGCAAAGCCCAGUGAGGGAGGACAGAAUCUCCCUCCAAAUGACAUCAAAGUUUCAAACCAAAUAUCAGGAUGUCCAAGACAUGUAAAAGUAAGAAACUUGGAAAAUGGAUCCAGCUUUCUUGACACACUACACCUGACUGCAAAAGAGGUUAUCAAUUGCCAGACCAAGGCCUGCCAAGGGUCGAUCAUGACCCCAAAGGGCCUGGUGAGAGGUACCAGAGAUGGGCCAGUUCCACUAGAGGAUCUUUUACCUCAGGCAAUAGACUUCCUCAAGCAAUACUACAGUUCAUUUAAAGAGCCAAAAAUCAACGAACAGCUGGGCCGGCUGGAAGCAGUGACCAAGGAGAUAGAAACAACAGGAACCUACCAGCUGACAAAGGAGGAGCUGACCUUUGCUGCCAAGCAGGCCUGGAGGAACGCACCCAGGUGCAUCGGCAGGAUCCAGUGGUCCAACCUGCAGGUGUUUGAUGCACGGGACUGUAAAACAGCCAAGGAAAUGUUUGAGCAUAUCUGUCAUCAUAUUCAGUAUGCCACAAACAAUGGUAAUAUAAGGUCAGCCAUCACGGUGUUCCCGCCCAGGACGGACGGGCAGCACGAUUUCCGCGUGUGGAACAGCCAGCUGAUCCGCUACGCGGGCUACCAGAGGCCAGACGGCUCCGUGCUCGGAGACCCUGCCUCUGUGGAGUUCACUCAGUUGUGCAUCGAGCUUGGGUGGAAGCCGAAAUAUGGCCGCUUUGAUGUACUUCCACUUGUUCUCCAAGCAAAUGGCCAAGACCCAGAAAUAUUUGAAUUACCUCCAGAAAUUGUCCUCCAAGUGCCCAUGGAGCAUCCAAAGUACGAGUGGUUCAAGGAGCUGGAGCUGAGGUGGUACGCGCUGCCUGCCGUGGCCAGCAUGCUGCUGGAGGUGGGAGGGCUGGAGUUCACCGCGUGCCCCUUCAACGGCUGGUACAUGGGCACCGAGAUCGGGGUGCGGGACUUCUGCGACGCGCAGCGCUACAACGUCCUGAAGGAGGUAGGGAGGAGAAUGGGGCUGGAAACAAACAAACUGUCAUCAUUAUGGAAGGACCGAGCUGUUGUAGAGAUCAAUGUGGCUGUGCUGCACAGCUUCCAGAAGCAGAACGUGACCAUCAUGGAUCACCACUCGGCCUCCGAGUCCUUCCUGAAGUACAUGCAGAGCGAGUACCGCGCGCGCGGCGGCUGCCCCGCAGACUGGGUGUGGAUCGUGCCUCCCAUGUCAGGCAGCAUAACCCCCGUGUUCCACCAGGAGAUGUUGAACUAUGUCCUCACUCCCUUCUAUUACUACCAGGUGGAUGCAUGGAAAACACAUGUGUGGCAUGAUGAGACCCGGAGACCAAAGAAAAAAGAAAUAAAGUUUAGCAUCUUGGCAAAGGCUGUGCUCUUUGCCUCCUCACUCAUGCGAGGGGCAGUGGCCACCAGGGCCAAGGUGACCGUGAUCUACGCGACGGAGACGGGCAAGUCGGAGACGCUGGCCAGCAACCUGUGCAGCCUGUUCAGCUGUGCCUUCAGCACCAAGAUCCUGUGCAUGGAUGAGUACAAUAUUUGUGACCUGGAAGAAGAAACACUUCUUUUAGUGGUUACUAGCACUUUUGGAAAUGGAGAUGCUCCAGGUAACGGAAAGACCUUGAAGGACUCCUUGCUCAGACUGAAACUGCUGAGAAAUAAAAUUAGGUAUGCUGUGUUUGGUCUGGGGUCCAGCAUGUACCCAGAUUUCUGUGGCUUUGCUCAUGCCAUUGACCAAAAGCUGGCCCAGCUUGGGGCUUCCCAGCUCACUCCAGUGGGUGAAGGGGAUGAACUCAAUGGGCAAGAAGAAGCUUUCCGCAGCUGGGCAGUCAGUGCUUUCCAGGCUGCCUGUGACAUUUUUAAUGUCCGUGGGAGACACAGUAUUCAGUUGCCUGCGAUCUACACCUCUGAGGAAAGCUGGGACCCUACCAAUUACAGGCUAGUGCAGGACUCCCAGCCCAUGGACCUGGCUAAAGCUCUUGCAGACAUUCAUGCCAAGGAUGUAAUUCCCAUGAAGCUGAAAUUCAGGCAGAAUCUUCAAAGUUCGAAGUCCAGUCGUGUCACCAUUCUGGUUAAACUUCACUGUGAGACUAAUCAGGAAGUGCACUACCUUCCUGGGGAGCACAUUGGGAUUUUCCCAGGCAACCAGGCAGAAUUAGUCCAUGGCAUUAUUGCACGUGUCAAGGAUGCCCCUCCAGCUGACCAGACUGUCAGGCUUGAAACCUGCAUUGAUGGUGGGUACUGGGCAAGUCACAAAAAGAUUCCAGCCUGCACACUACCUGAGGCUUUGACAUACCUGCUUGAUAUCACCACUCCACCCUCCCAACAGCUGCUAAGAAAGCUGUCCCAGCUGGUGACAGCAGAAGGAGACAAGCAGAGGCUGCAGGUGUUGUGUCAGAGCACAGAAGAAUACAAUAAAUGGAAGUUUUACAACAGCCCAAACAUGUUGGAGGUGCUGGAGGAGUUCCCCUCUGCUGAGGUCUCCACAGCUUUCCUGCUGACCCAGCUGCCCCUUCUGAAGCCCAGGUACUAUUCUGUCAGCUCCUCCUGUGACUUGACAGCCAGAGAGAUUCAUCUGACAGUUGCAGUUGUAAACUACAGGACAAGAGAUGGAGAAGGGCCUUUGCACCAUGGGGUCUGCAGCACGUGGCUGAACACAAUAGAGCUCAAUGAAACCGUUCCCUGCUUCAUCCGCAGCGCUGAUGAUUUCCACCUCCCGGAGGAGCCGGCCAAGCCCUGCAUUCUGAUCGGCUCGGGCACGGGCAUUGCCCCCUUCAGGAGCUUCUGGCUGCAGCGCCUCUACGACCUGGAGCACAGAGGGCUCAGAGGAGGGGACAUGACCUUGGUGUUCGGCUGCCGGCGGCCAGACCUGGAUCACAUCUACAGGGAGGAGACUGAGGAGAUGAAGAGGAGGGGAGUCCUCAGAGAUGUCUACACAGCUUACUCCAGACUGCCUGGCCAAGAGAAAGUGUACGUGCAGGACGUGCUGCGGGCGCAGCUGGAGGCCCGCGUGUGCGAGGUGCUGCAGGGGCAGCAGGGCCACGUGUACGUGUGCGGGGACGUGCGCAUGGCGCGGGACGUGGGCGCGGCGCUGCGCGCGCUGCUGGCGCGGGGCCUGCGCCUCAGCCCGCAGCAGGCCCACGAGCUCCUGCAGCAGCUCAAGAGCCAAAAGCGAUACCAUGAAGAUAUAUUUGGGGCUGUGUUCCCACAUGAAGUCAAAAGAGCUUUGCAACCCACCAGCUGAAGAACAAAUCCACUUGUGUUUUAGACAAUACUUGCACAUUUGUUCUUAUUUUCAAAAAACAGAGUCAAAUCCUCCUUCUUAUACUUGCUCAAUCAUGCAUGUGUAUAGGAUUGUAGGAUUUGGCUCUUAAACUUCAGCCUUAAUUAAGUAAAAUAUUAAAUUUAACUUUUGUUGCUAUUUAUUCUGAAAUUUUAAUACAUCAUCUUAAUACUGAAAGUGCAAAUUAUUUUUUUAAUACCACCUAUGCUAGUAUAAUCUGGUGGUUUUUAUACAUACAAGGAAAAUCUACAGUUUUGUACUAAGUUAGCUAGAGCUGAAAUCUUUUUUUUUAAUGUAUUGUUUAUCUUUGCUACCUUAUUUAUAUCAGAUUGGUUUACUUGCAUACUAUCUUCACUUGAAAGCAAGGGCACGGUUGUGUUGCUGUGAGUUGUCUGGCCACAUGUGUGGAUCUGGAGCAAAGUUUGCAAAUGAAAUAAUAAUGUGCUGGUCCCCAGGUGGCAACACCUGCUGCAUCCACCUCGAUGUGUCUGCUCAGCAGGUAGCAGUGGGAAUUCUGCUUGGUGGGACUCAGGUACACGAACAUCAGCUGCUGUUGUUACAGAGCCUAUAGCAGGAAGGUUCCAAAAAUUCCAAAGCACUUUGUACAUUUGAAUUCUAUGCUCUGGUUUACUUGAUUUGUUUGUAAUAAAAUCUGUCUUUAUGCGGAGGCAAAGCGUGUGGGUCAGUUAGCUCCUCUUGCUCUUGGCUCCAGCCUGCACAGGCAGAGGUAACAAGCAGCUCAGGCUGUGGUGAGGUGGGUUUGGCUCCUCCUGAGCUGAGGCAUCUCCAGGAGUUUCAGUCUGCCUAUCAGCAGUUCUGCAUUUUUGUUACUGCCAGGCAAGUGUGAGAUGUUCCUGUCGGGUUGGGGCUUUGGAUGCCUUUGAGUGCUGCAGGGCAGCUGGCAGGGCUGGAAAUGCUCCCUUUGUGCUGGGUUUGUCUCUGCUGGGGUGUGUGCUGGCUGCUCCUGUGUGCUGUGGCUCUCCCAGGCACAGGGACCCCGAUGUUGGUGCCUCCUGGGGCAGCUGUGGGGUACAUCUCUGAGCAGGGAAACACCAAACUGCUCCAGCCACAGCUCGGGCAGAGCCUCUGUGCUUGGGGACUGGAGUUGGUGUGGUUUGGUUUGUUAAAGGAAACACUUCUGCCCUUCAAGUUUAAUUGAGAAUUAACUUUAUUAUUUCUUUAUAAAAGACAACAAAGCUCAACUUAUCUUAAGCUUUUUAUUGUUUGCAUGUGAGAUGCAGAUAAGAUGGAUGAGAUGUAAAGCUGUGCUUUUAUGAUGCCCUGGCCCAUUCCUGGCAGGAUGGCACAAAGCUGCCCUUAUUCCCAGCACAAAGCUGCUGGCAGCAGAACCUUCCUGGGAUUAAUUAGCAGCCGGUAAUUGCACUGGCAGUGUGCAGAGCCGGGUCUGCCGGGCAGAGCUCUGCCCCACUCUGCAGGUGGCAGGGCCUUGAGCAAAGGACAGAGAAGGUGCUGGGGGCCCAGAACGGCCCCAGGUGCUGCUUUUGGGAGGGAAGCAGCUCUUAAACACUUCUGUGCUUUGAGAGAACUCCGUGGUGGUUUUAUUACCCACUUAAUAAUGUGACUCAUCGUAUCUGGGAGGGAAAACUUUGGUAAUUGCAAGGGGGAGAUCAGCUGCUGUCCCUCAGGGAGCAGAGGGGUGGAGGGGCUGCUGUGCUGGGGGGUCUCUGUGGGAGUCUGCUCAGUGGGAGGGAAAGGUCAAACCAGGACUCAGUAACACUUGCUUUAUCCAGACCAAAGAUUUAUUCACUGAAAAGAUUCCUACAUAUCCAGAAUUCCAGUAGCAGAGAAUGCACUCUUUUUUUCUUUUUUUCUUUUUUCUUCUGGUUGCAUAAACUAAUACAGAAACUGUUGUUAAUUCUAACAAUUUGUAAUUAAUUUAAUAGUAAUUCUGGAAGACACUCAGUUCAUAGAAAAUAUAAAAAAAAAUUUGUACUGUACAAAGUUUACAUCACAUUUGAAAAGAAAACGUGUCCAUGUUCACCAUGUUACGACCAUGUACAUUCACUACUGACAUGUGGCUCCCGUAGCAGCAUUGCACAGCAUUGUCACAUUGAGCUCCACCGGGGCAGGA